AUGGGUAUCAAAAACCUCUUCCCGAUCAUCAACGACAAUUGCCCCGGCGCAGUCAAGACGGGCGAGAUCAAGAACCAGUUCGGCCGCAAAGUCGCCAUCGAUGCGUCCAUGAGCAUCUACAGCUUCCUGAUCGCCGUGCGCUCCGACGGCCAGCAGCUCAUGAACGAGACGGGCGAGACCACCUCUCACAUCAUGGGCAUGUUCUACCGCACGCUGCGCAUGGUCGACAACGGCAUCAAGCCGCUCUACGUCUUCGACGGCGCCCCGCCCAAGCUCAAGUCGGGCGAGCUCGCCAAGCGCUUCCAGCGCAAGUCCGAGGCCCAAGAAGCCCACGAGGAGGCCAAGGAGACCGGCACCGCUGAGGAAGUCGAAAAGUUCUCGAGGCGCACCGUCCGCGUCACCCGCGAGCACAACGCCGAGUGCCAGCGCCUGCUGAAGCUCAUGGGCAUUCCAUACAUCAUUGCUCCCACUGAGGCUGAGGCUCAGUGCGCGGUGCUGGCGAGGGCAGGCAAGGUGUACGCCGCCGCGUCGGAGGAUAUGGAUACGCUCACCUUCAAUUCGCCCGUGUUGCUGCGUCACCUCACCUUCAGCGAGCAGCGCAAGGAGCCCAUCCAGGAGAUACAUUUGGACAAGGUGCUGGAGGGACUAGAGAUGGAUAGGGAGCAGUUCAUCGAUCUUUGCAUUCUCCUCGGAUGCGACUACCUCGACCCCAUCAAGGGCGUUGGCCCAAGCACCGCCCUGAAGCUUAUUCGCGACCACAAAAACCUCGAGGGUGUCGUCAAGUUCUUCGAGAGCAGCAGCAAGUACACCUUGCCUGAGGAUUGGCCCUACAAGGACGCUCGUCUCCUCUUCCUCGAGCCUGACGUCCGUUCAGCGGACGACCCCGAGUGCGAGUUCAAGUGGGAGGCGCCAGAUAUCGAUGGUCUGAUCAAGUUCCUGGUCGAGGAGAAGGGUUUCAACGAGGAUCGCGUGCGCAGCGGUGCGGCACGCCUGCAGAAGAACCUCAAGUCGGCGCAACAGAGUCGUCUGGAGGGCUUCUUCAAGCCGGUGCCCAAAACGGCCGAGGAGCAGGCCAGCCUCAAGAGGAAGAAGGAAAAGGAGCUAGAGGAGAAGAAGAAGAAGCAGAAGCUGGCCGCCAAGGAGAAGAAGGAGGCCAAGGCUAAGCCGAGGGGUACUGCAUGA